AUGAUAAUAAAGAAAAUUAUAUUUUUAUUUUUUAUAUCAUUUUUAAUUGUAAAUAAUAAUAUAGAAAAAGUUCAGUCUGCAAAUGGAUAUGGUUUAAUCAAUCCAAAUGCAACCUGCUCACCAUAUAUAGGGGAUCCAAUUGACCUAAGAAUAUGCAAUGGAAAACUUGAUAAUAUUUAUACAGAAAGUGGAAUAUCACAGAAAGUUAGUUUAUUAACAUUAGAGGCAGCUUUUACAAAGUUAACGUUUUUACAAACCCAAUGCCCAAAUAUAAAUUUUUCACAAUUUGGUUUUUGUAAUUUAUUAUUAUCACCAUGCGAGACAGUUCAAUUACCAGCUAGAAACAUUUCUUUCCCAAAGAGAAUUUGUAAAUCAACAUGUACAGCUAUUGUAAAGGAGUGUAACAUUUUAUCAACCUAUUUUAAUUGUACCAAUGAUAAUGCAUUUCCAGAUUUAUAUAAUUUAUAUAAUGCAUCAGCCUAUGGGUUCACAACAAAUAACGGCUUUUAUCCAAUUCAAUGCGAAAAUGUUACAGAUUUAUUUAUAAAGACACCAAAUUCACAGAUUUCAGAGGUAUGUCCACCACCUUUAUUAUUAAGAAAUAGUAGCGACCCAAGAUAUCCAGCAGAGAAAGGUUACACUUAUUUAACACCAACCAAUUGUGUUUUACCAUGUCCUGCACCCUAUUAUACAGAAAAAAAGUGGAAUCAAAUGUUCACAAUGUCGAAAAUUGUAUCAACCAUUAGUUUUGUAUGUUGCAUUUAUAAUAUCUGUACAUUUGGUCUUUUAAAUAAGAGUGUCAGUAAAUAUAACUAUUGUAUAGUAUUUUUUUCAGCUUCAGUGGCACUAAUUAAUUUAAUGGAUAUCGUCACUUAUGCAAUUGGUUAUGAGAAACUCUUGUGUCCCGAGCCAGGUAGAUUCGCAGUUCAAGAUGAUGUAGCAUGUGGUGUAACAGGUUCACUUUUCCAUUUCGGUGUAACUAAUGGUGUACUUUGGUGGGCUACCAUGGCAAUUUAUUUAUUAUCAGUUGUAAAAAGAAUUAAAAUGAUCGAUUUCCGUAUUUUUGUAUUAUUUAAUACAGUUGUCUCAUUAAUUAUGUUAAUCAUUCCAUUAUCUGGUAAAGCAAUUAUGGCUGGUACUGGUUCAUUGGCAUGUUGGAUAAGAAAAACCUGGUAUGUAAAUGGUGUAUUUUGGAUACCAUUAGGCUUAUGUUUAUUUAUAGGUGCAGGUUGUAUUAUAUUAGUAAUUUUUCAAAUUUACAAGAUUUCUAAAAAUGUUUCAAAAGAUAGAAAAAUCUUGAAAUUACAAAUAAAACCAUUCCUUUGUGUAACUUUAGUAGGAGGUUCAUUUUUUUAUUUAUUUGUAUUUAAUUUCGAUAACGAAAGACACAUGGAUGAAUACAAAGCAUCCAUUCCAGGAUAUGUACAAUGUUUAUUGGCUGGUGGAAAUCAAGAAACAUGUGUUUCAGAAGGACCCAAUUUUGCAGCUUACUUUAUGUUUUACUUUUUCAUUCGUCUCUUUGGUAUUCUCUUCUUUUGUAUAUAUGGCACCUCUGAGAAUGCUAGAAAUAUUUGGAUCCAUUCAACUUUACUCAACCAUCCAGCUAUCAAACCAUUCUUAUUGAAAUACAAUAUCGUCAAUUAUAAUAGUGUUACUGUAUUUGGUAGUGGCAUGGCAGCAACCAAUUCAAAGUCAAUGACAUCUGGUAAAAAUAAAACAAAUAGUGGAAAAGCUAUAGAAUUAGAAAUUAAUGAUUCAGUUACUGCAUCUAAAGGUCACACUAUUUCUGUUAGUAAAGUCGAUGAAAAUGAUGAUUCAAAAUCUGGUUCAGGUAUGGAUACUUCAAGUGAUUCAUAAAAAAAAAAAACUAUACAAAAAAACAAACAAAAACUAUAUCAUUCAAAUUAUUUUAAAUCAAAUAAAUCAAUUAAACUAAUCAAAUUAAUAUUAUAAAUUAAAU